AUGCUUGAAGGAGGUAGAUUUCAUGAAGGUAGAGAUGAUUUUACGGACUGUGGAGGACUGCAACGAUUCCGAUAUUCUUCGGAAAAAGAAAAAUUUGCUGAUGAUGAUUCAGAUAUGUUAAUGGAGCCAGACGAAAUAGCUCAUGUAUCAGUUAUUCGAUCAGAAAGUCGUCAAGUAUAUCCAUCAAGCACUGAAUAUACUGAUGAUGUAACUUCACAAUAUCCAGCAGAUUCACAUUCUCAAGCCGCACAAAGUUAUUAUCCAUCAUUUUAUCGUGAACAGAAUAAUAGUCCACCACAUGGUCAUUCUCGUCCAUUCACAAAUUCUGAUAAUUCAGGUAGUGGAAAAUUUAGUGUAACACCGAGAGGUUUUGAUCCAGCUAUUUUGGGAUCCGGUGAUUUUGGUGUUAUACGCGGCGGAACAUUUUAUCCAGAAGAUGAAAUACCAUAUCAUGCAAAUGAUGAAGCAAAUGAAUAUAAUCAAUUUUAUGCUGAUAGCUCUAAUAAUAAUGGACAUGGUAGACCACAAUCUGAUGAAUAUGUACAAAAAUAUACAUAUCCGGAAGAGCAAUUUGCAAAUUUUAGAGAUUUUGCUGAUAUCAACACAUCUUCUGAUUAUGCAUCAUCACAUUUUGUUGUAGUUUAUGCUGCUAAAACUCCAUCAUCUUCUCCAUCGACAUCACCAUUAGAAUCAACAUCAUCAUCAUCUUCAAGUCAUCAUUCAAACCCAAAAAAUAUUUUCGAACAGUUAGAACUUUUAGAUAAGGAGAAAGCCGAAGAAGAAGAAUUGCAAAAGAAGAAAAAUCGUUUAAGUAAACAUAAAACGAAAUUAGCCAAUACGAAAUUGGAGAAGAAAUACAAAAAGAAAUUGGGACCUAAAGAUCUAGAUUAUGAACCACUUUUAGCUUUAAGUUAAGGGAAUUUUCAUUAAAUAUUUCGUUUUAUUCUUUUUUUUGUCUUUAUAUUCAUUUGAUAACUGUUGAUUUGGUGAUUUUUCUAAAACGAAAUUGGCAAUUUUGGCAAAAAAAAUAUUUAACUUAUUCAGAAAAUUAAAAAAAUUAAUAUAGUAAAAGAAAAUUUCGUAGAUUUUUUUAGAAAAAUCUUAUUUCAAAGAAAUUAAAUUUCUUAACGGACGCACACUUACUAUAAACGGAAUGUUAAUAAAAAAAAAGAAAUUCUCGAAGAUUUCGUAAUCAAACAAUACCCAAUGCCUUUAAAGCUAGGGUAAUAAUUUGCAAAAGCUACAAACAUAAUUUAAUAUUUUCUUGCUAUUUUUACAUAAAUUUGUUUGAAAGUCCGAAAUAUUAUCUUUAAUUAAAUUUAAAUUAAUUAAAAACAAAAAAAUUUAAUUAACUUUAUAAAUAGCAAUAUAUUUUAAGAAAAUUUGUGCUUGAAUUAAGCUAGAAUCGCUACAAUAUUUCAAGAAAAUAAUAUUCUAUUACUGAUAUGGUAUUUAAUUCGGCGAAUUAUUGCCGAAAGCCUUCAAAACAGUAAUUCAAAAUUUUCAGUGUAUAAUAUAGAAAAAGCAUUAAGUAAGCGAUUUUUUUUUCACAAUUCUUACGAAAUUUUUUUUUGACAGUGUAUUUUUAGCCCUUCAAGUAUUUUGUAAUUUUAAGUGUGAAUGUGAAUUUCCAUGAAAAAUUUCCGAAAAUAUUUCCUUUUUGUUUUUACAGUUUUUUUUGUAUGAAUGUGUAACAAUAUUACCCUAAGUAAUUUUAAAAAAGUAUAAAAUAUUUUUUCCCGUACAUACAUACAUUUAAGAUCUUUAAAAGCACAUUUAAGAACACUUAGAUUUUUACAGAAAAAAUCUUAAAAAGUAAUCUACAUAAAAAUGUGUACGUAAACAGUUAUGUGUAUGAUAAUAACCUAUAGAUUCAUAUAAUUCGACCUUUUAAAAAAUACAUUAUAAACUUAAAACGGAAAAAAUCGUAUAUUUAUAUUCAUUUAUUUUGGAUAUUUCUAAAUUAAAUUAAGUUUUAAUUAUAAAUAAAUUUAGAAACUUUCCAAUUUUAAGGCAUUUUAUCAUAGAAGUUUUCAUAGAAAAAGAUUCUUUAUUUUCAGUAAUUUAAUUUGUUUCAUGUCUUCAUUUUAUUCGGCUAGCUAUCUACAAAUUCAUACUAUAAUUUCUUAAUCGAAUAAGAACUACGUUCAGAGCAAAAAUGCAUUUGCAGUUCUUUCACAGGAAAGUUUAGUAAUCAAAAUUUAAUAAUAAAGUUUCGAAACUUGCAAAAACUAAAAUAAAACAAUCAAAAAAAUCAUCAUAAAUAAAUAAUUAAAAAAUUAUAUUAACUUUUAAAAUUAAAUUUAUUAUAAUUAUAAUAACCCUAAAUUAUUAAUGUAUUGAAGAUAAUAUUCCCAAUAUUUCUUAAUUAAUUACUAUUUCAAAUAAAUUAUUUUCUCUUAACUUAAUUAGAUCAUCAAAAUUUUCAUAAUUUCUAUUCAAUUUCUUCCCAUUCUUUAUGUUAUGUUUCCUUUACAUUUUUACCAAUUAGUUUAAAUCCUACAUAUUGUAAUUAGAUCAUUUAAAUAUAAAUAAAUCAUUGGCAUAUACAUACAUUUAAUAAAUUAAAUAUAAUUAUAUUUUAUAUCAGUAAAUAUUAAAAAAAUUUAGUUUUAAUUAUAUUUUAUAAUAAAA